AUGGGUUCCAUCGCAGUCGGGAGUCCGGUGACCCUUGUUGUUGUGGGUGCUGGUAUCAUUGGAACUAAGCAUGCUAGCCUCAUCUCUCAAUCUGCAGAUGCUCAUCUUCUUGCCAUCAUUGACCCGACACCGAUCGGGCGAGAAUUGGCAUUCAGUUACAACUGUGCCUACUUCGCAGACGUGGAGUCGCUAUUGUCCAGGUCCUCUGAGCUUCCCGAUGGAGCCAUCAUCUGUACACCAAACGAGACGCAUGUUCCGAUAGCCCGCAAGCUUGCCUCUGCAGGUAUCCAUCUCCUUAUUGAAAAGCCCGUGAGCACGAGCGUUGACGACGGACAUGAGCUGCUCAGAUUUUGUCGUGACCGGGAGGUGCGAGUUGCCGUCGGACAUCAUCGACGGCUGCAUGCCGCUAUCCUCAGUGCGAAAAGCGCUCUCGAAGCUGGGUCGAUAGGGACAGUUGUUGGUGUCUCGGGGUUGUGGGCCGCUCUGAAAACAGACUCCUACUUCGCGGGCGUUGGUGCCUGGAGAAGGGGCCCUACCGCUGGAGUCGUCUUGAUCAACCUCAUCCAUGAGUUGGAUCUUUUGCAGUAUCUCAUAGGACCAAUAACAAGGGUUCAUGCAGAAAAGUCCGUCUCGACGCGGGGAUACCAAGCCGAAGAAGGAGCGGCAAUUUCUAUCCGGUUUGCUAAUGGGGUUAUUGGGACAUUUCUGGUCCUGGACAACAGCCCUAGUCCUUUCAAUAUCGAAAGAGGAACCGGCGAGAAUGAAGUCUUCCCUUUUGCAGGGAAAGAUUCAUACCGAAUCUUUGGCCGAUACGGGGUAUUAAGCGUUCCUGACAAUUUGAUCUGGAAUCCUGUCAGCUUAGAAAAAGGAUGGUACAGCGAAUUGACCGAAACACAUCUGGAACACCAGGAACAAGAUGUGUACCAAAGACAAAUGGAAAAUUUCAUUCGGGUAGUUCGCAAUCAAGAGAAACCAAGUUGCAGUGGAGAAGAUGGGCUCGCGGCAGUCGCCGUAUGUGAAGCGGUCAAGGAGUCACUUGCCACCGGGGAGCCUGCGAGCGUUAGAACUGUUAUAUAG